GGGACAAAGACACGUUUCCAGGCGGGGGACUGUUCUUCUUUUAGCAGAUGUUCAUAAGGAAAACACUGCGGAAAGAACGAGAAGAAUGACGGAAAAACUCUGAAACGCGUUAUGUCUGAAUAUGACCUGUGAGAAGUCAUAUGUGCUGCUGACGCCACGGCCUGCGUCAUGCAUCUUCCAAACGGCCGACGAGAAGGACGAGCUCCCUGGAGUUGGGGACGAAAGUGUCCUGGAGAUGCUGAGUUACUCCAAGUUCUCAGACUUGGAAGCGUGGCUGUGUAUGCCCUCCUCUCUGCGUCUUCCUCGCUCCCUCGGCUCUUCCUCCUCCUCCUCCUCUUCAUCACAAACAUCAGUCAGAUCCUCCAGCUCUAUCUCUGGGUCUGGCUCUUCCGCGCUGCCCCUGAACACAUCACGGGCCUUAAACGCCUCACAGCGCUCCCUCUGCAGCCACAGUGGAGAUGGGGAAAGAUCUUCAGAGAAAGUGCACUCCUUCCUGAGCCCUACGCUGGUUCGAGACCCUCACUUCCUCUCCACUCCGGUCCUGACCUCCACGCCCCUGACCUCCGUGACCCCCAUGACCUCUGUGACCCCUGUUGUGACCUCUGACCCCUUGACCCAGUCCGACUCCUCUCCGAGUGGAGUGACUGUAAGAAAGAGGCGAAGACUGGCAGCGAGUCCUGGAGGUCUGCACUGGAACUCAGCAGGUUCGGUGCAACGUGACUUCCUGUCUCCUAUGUCACCUGACCCGUCUCCCUUGGCAACGGCAGGUGUGCGAGGGGGCGGGACAGUGGGUGACAGGUGCGACAGGGUCACUUUGAGGAAGACUCUCUCUGUGGAUGACCAGUUUCUCCAGAGCACUCCCAAACUGAAGCUGCUGAGUCGACUGGAGCGAGGGACGCGGAAACUACGCAAUAAUCACGCUGGGGGCGCCGCUGGACGCUUGGACUGCAGGAAAAAACCUGAGGGGGGCAGUAUUGGUCGCCUGGCUCAGAGGUGGAAGCGCUGGUCUUUAGGAGAUGGUCUAAACGCAGAAUUCACGUCUCUGUUCUACUCAGGACUCCACCAAUCCUCUGGCAGCCUCGACAGGCGCACAGUGGGAGCCAUGCAGCAGAUGCAGAGUUUGCAGCUCACUCCCAGGGGGCGCUGCCCUGGGCCCACGUCUCCAAACGCCGCCAAACGCCUUUACCGAAACCUGUCGGACAAACUCCGAGGAAGCACCUCCUCCUUCGAAGACACCUAUUUCUUUGGGAAGUCCGACCGGCUCCGCAAAGCCUCCACGAUGCAGUACAGUGAAGUUUUGUUCGAGGCUGUGGAGCAGCAGGACUUGGACACAGUUCAGAUUCUGCUGUUUCAGUUCAGUCCUGAAGAUUUGGACCUCAACACUCCCAACAGCCAAGGUCUCACCCCCCUGGACAUCUCCAUCAUGACCAACAACGCUCCUAUAGCCAAAUUACUGCUGAAGGCGGGAGCUAAAGAGAGUCCACACUUCACCUCAGUAGAGUCCCGUGAGGCGCACCUCUCGUCCCUGGUCCAUGAGGCCGAGCGCAGGGCGGCGGAGCUGGCGGCUCAGGCCCAGAGAGAGGGCCUCACCCUGGACGCGUGUCAGAACAACAAGGCCCUGAGGAGCUGGGAGUGGAGAAGCCGACUGUAUGCACGCAUGAGGACCGGCUUCCAGCACGCACGUCCCCCAGAAGCCCCGACCAUGGUGCGUGUCAGCGUGAGCAGUAGCACCUCUCUGAGUGUCAGCUUCCAAGAGCCUCAGAGCCUCAACUCCACUGUGGUCACCAAGUAUAAAGUGGAGUGGAGCUGCCUGAAAGACUUCUCUCUUCUUGCUGGAGACGCUGUUUUGGACAAUCUCCAAAGUCUCAAGUUCUCCAUCACUGGACUCACCACGGGUCGAGUUUAUUUCAUCAGAGUCUCAGCGUACAACAUGAAGGGUUGGGGUCCUACGGCCUGCUCCCUCCCCCCGUCUGCAGCGCCAUCGAACUGGAGAGAGUGCGAUGGUCGAGAGCCCAAACGCAGAGGUCAGAUCGAGGCCAUGGAGAAACUACUGCAGCAAGUCCGAGAUACGCACACGCUGUACUGCUCAGGAGAUUCAUCCAAGCUGCAAAACCCGAGCAGGAAGCAGUCUGUGUCCAGAAGUUUAAAACAUCUAUUCAGCUCCAACAAGUUCAUUAAGACGCUCAAAAGAGGAGUAUACCUGGCCACAGUCCUGUACCACAGAGACUCUCUGCUCCUCACGCCUGAGGACCACGUCCCCAUCGUGGAGGUGGAUGACUGCUUCGGCAGCUCACUCAUGCAGGACUUCCUCUGGUUUACUAAGCUGUCGUGUAUGUGGGAGGAUGUGCGGUGGCUGAGGCAGAGCAUGUCUGUGUCCAUGUCAUCUUCCUCCACUCUGCAAACCAGACACAAGAUGCUCACUGCAGCGGCGCAUAUGCAGAACCUGUUGGGCACACAUAACCUGGGUCGUGUCCAUUUUGAGCCCAUUAAAGAUCGCCAUGGAAACGUGCUGCUGGUCACCGUCAGGGAGUUGGACUCUCAGAGCUCCGCCUUCAACGGGAAGUGGACCGCGGUCACCAAACUACAGAGCCAGAGGAAGAGUCUGUCUACACCUGAGGAACCGUAUGCUCUGGACAUACUUAUCAUCACUAUGCAGGACAUUCUGUCGUACCAGCGUCGCAGCUCGUACCGUCUCUCUUCUGGUCUGUACCUGGGCUACCUCAAACUCAGCUCCUCUGUGGAUCAGAUCAGAGUCCUGGUGUCGCAGCGGAACCCCAACAUGCUGUGCCACGCCAGAGUACGAGACAACAGUAAUGUGUCCAGGGAGGAGUGGGAGUGGAUCCAGAGUUUGGCGGCAUCCUCCUCAGACUCGGCUCUGAUUGGUGGAGAGGCUCAGGAGGCGGGUCUUACUUCCCAAAGCCACUCUCCUCUGCUGUACUACGAACUCCAGACGGCGAUAAAGACUCUCCUGAAGACCAUCAACCUGCCCCUGAACCAGGCUCGGGGGUUCCGAUUGUACUCUGAGGAGGUGGUGGAGUUGGGUCAUGGCGUGUCCUUCCUGCUCCUGUGUCCUGCAGCCGAUGAUGUCUGCUCAGCCCCGGGACAGACCAACCCACUCUGCCCUCUGUCUGGCUUCCUCCAUCUCCCUCUGCAGAUGUUUGAGCUCGUCCACCUGUGUUCGUACAAGGAGCGUCUGAUCAGUCUGUACUGUCGCCUCUCCUCUCUGCUCGACCUGGACUCUCUGAUCACUCAACAAGCUCUGAGAGAAGCCAUCACAGAUACUGAGGUGUCCACGGCCAAGCAGAGGCACCAGACUGUCCUCGACUACAUACAGCAGUUGGAUGAGAUGAGGAGAGACCUUCGGUGGCUGACUGAUGCUCUGCAGUUCGCUCGGUACAAACAGCCCAAAGGAGGCGUCUCCCUUUUAACACUGAUGCCCUCCCACACAGAGACACAUCAGACACAGAAGAGUGACUCCACCUCCUCCAACAUGGACUACCUCCCCACGCCCUCCCCUUCGCCAGAGCCCAGGAGGAGGCAGGCGGGCACCGAUUCUCAGCUCUGUUCAGAUGAAGACUGCUCCUCUGAAGUCUUUUUACCCACAGACAGUGACUAUGACUCCAGUGACCCCCUGAGUCCCCGAGACUCUCUCUGCUCUCCCCCCUCCUCCCUCCAAUCCCAUCAGGCCCAGCACCCGGACAUGCCCCGCCCACGGACACUAGGGGGCAGCGCACCGGACGUCCUCAGGUACAGCGUCUGCCCCUCAGAUUCAGACCUUUCUCCCUCCUCUGUCAGAGACCCUAAACCAGAUGCCCUCCCACUGUUCCCUCCAUCCAAAGACCUGUCUGUCCCCCCUCUGUCCCCCCUGCCCUCACCCCUCUCCCCCUCCGUCUCUGACACCUCUAAAACACUGGAGCUUCUGUCCCUCUCUGACCCCGUCAAACCUCUGACUGCUCCAGCCAAACGUAAGCUGCUCUCACGCUCCCACAGGGGGCAGUAUUUCAGUGGGCCCCAGCGCUGGAUCAGAGCGCAGAGCGGAGAGAGUCAUACGGGGGCGCUAUCCGAGGGGGUCUACACCAAACAGAGCGACAGCAGUGAGACGAGACCAGGGGUGACAUACAUAAGCCAUGCCUCCUGCGUUCUGGAGAAGAGACGUCGUGAGCCCCGCCCACACGUCCGGCGCAUCUUCAUGGACGACGCUACUAAAAUGACCUCCUGCAAUCCCGCCUCUAAAGAACAGUCUGAUAAAAGCACCAAGACCUCCUGUGUGACAGAAGACCACGGCUUCACAGGGGGCGGGGUCUCUGUGGUGGUGGGGGCGGAGUCAAAGGAGGACCCAGAAGGGGCAGGACCUGGAGAAGCAAUGGCCGCCGCUGCACAGGAAGUGGACUCAGACGACCAAACGAACGCUCAAGUGCAGGAGAUCCUCAGCAGCACGCUCUGAUACAAGCCUCCCUCAGGCUCUCCUCACCCACUCCCCCCUGUCCCCCGCAGCAGGG